AUGCCAGGUCCUACUGCAUCGGAUCUGAUCUUCUCCGAGCAAGCAAAUCACAAUUUCUCCAAGACGCUCGGUGAGCUCAAACGCUCGACCCUCUCCAUUCACAACCGUCUGCAAUCCAUCCAAGAAGAUGCGGCCUUUGCGCAGAGAGUGGCAUCUGCAUACAGCAGGCCCCUGAUAGCAAACGAACGAUGCGGAAGCUGGUAUAUUGACCCGGCACAUAAAGGCGGGAGUGCAUACUUCAAGAGCACAGAUGGACACACAGGGGUUUGGAAAUUCAGCUUAAGACGCUUGAACUUGCAUCUCAUGGACAUUAUCGGGGCAAAUGAUGGGUGUAUCAUUGUAGAUUCUACUAGACGUGGGAAGAGGAUGCCGGAUGCCUUGAGUAAGACUAUACCAAUAUGGUGCAGUGUAAUGAACCGCUUCCUCUUCCCCGACCAGCCUCAAUCUCAUGAUUUAUACACGCCGCCGCAAGUCAUUUCCCAAUCCGAACAUGCCCAAAUCACUGCCCUCCUACCCACCUUCGUCACUUCCCUCCGAGCCCUGAACAUGUCUGCGGACGUCUUCAAAACCCAUAUCUCGAAACCACUGCGUCCAAUCUGGAUAACUCCGGAAUCCCACCUCUCCCCGACCGACGAGAUCUUCGAGGAUUUCCACCCCAUCAUAUGCUGCACUGUUUCACGCAGAGUCUCAGGCGGGGAGGUAAGUGAAGGAGGCUACAUCCAAGGCGCUGGAGAUGAUACGGAAAACUGGGCUCAUGGUCUCACGCCGUCCAUAUUCUGGGCCCAUCGCGAAUCCCUGCUUUCAACUUCUGAAAACGACCUACCAGAUCUCAUCGGAACGCUUGUUCAGGCCAGCGCGGAAACGAGGACUGGGAGUGGGGAUCUGAUGAGAUGCGUAAAGCCGACUUCCUGUCUCUUUGUCACAUCCAUUUCCGCAAUAGAGGCGAAGGAUAUGGGCACCGAUACUUACACAAUUACCCUGUUGCCGAAGGUUACAGAGCAGAGCGCGUGGAGGAUUUCGAAAACGAGGCUGGACGUGGGUCUUGGUCCUCAUAAGUUAGGAAGUCGAAAUCUUCGCAUGGCACUGCCUACCAUUGUUGAUUUCGCCGGAAACCUCUUGUCUGGAUCAGAUUCCGAGAAGCAUUCACAGAAGGACAAACACAUCGUCAUUGCCUGUGAAAGCGGCAAGGAUCUUUCAAUUGGGGUGGCACUGGCUCUGCUAUGCCUCUUUUUUGAUGAACAAGGCGUUUUGCGGGACGAGAGGACCAACAUGGCUAAGAUUGACAAGGUAUUUAUCAGGCGUCGUCUAGGAUGGAUUUCAACGUCGAUGCCUGAUGCAAAUCCAAGUCGGGCGACCUUACAGAGCGUGAACAGCUUCCUUAUGAGCCCUCAUUGA